CACACUCGCUUCACGGUUUGAGCGCUUGCACUAGUCGAUUGCGUUGGCCUUCACUUGUAGCUCCUAGAUAUUUCUGCUUUCGUCCCAUUUGGGUUGUGUUGUAUUGUGCUUACCGCUGUAGAGCUCAGUUGGGCUGAUCCCCGUGUAGGUGCGAACUAGUAGAUCGAAGGUGGUGGAAAGCCUCCGGUGCAGUGUGUGUUGCAAAGACGUUGUAUUAUGUGAUGAGUAGGGAGUUGCCAUCUUUGGAUUGUGCUUGGGUAACUCCCCUCGAUCUUAGAGGCUGCAUUCUGUGUCUCGUCGCAGAAAUAAUUUGAAUUCGGAUUGUCUGGAAGUUAACGCUGCGUAACAGCAUGGGGUCGUUAAUGCCCGGGUGGGAUAUCCUUCUAGAUCCUCAGAAAGUAAUGAAGAGGAGCAAGACAUCCAUGACGAACGAGGAGAUAGAAGCGUUUUGGCGCCACAAGCAACAAGAGAUAGAACUCCAUGCCAAGAAAGACGACGAUCGGAAUGCGAAUUCCCUGCUGAAUGCGAAUGAAACGAAGCAGACGACGACGGUAGUUACCGCUGACGGAGCCACGACACACGAAGCGGUGGUCGAGCUGACGCAGCCUCUCGCAAGUAGCCGUGACUGGUGGACAAGGAGCAACUGGGCUUAUUUGAACGCUCCGCCGGACAUACCAGAUCAUCCAGGCCACGCUCGCCACCGCCCUUACGUUCCACAGCACGACUUUGCAAACCGUCACACUAGAUCCAUCUCUGCAAUGUAACGAUGCCCCAGGAAGCUUGUAUAAUCCACAGUGACAGCCACGUUGUGUACCGAAUCCUAUAAGCCCUAUCGUUGUGUUUUCUAGCACUGUACUACAGUUUUGCACAUAAAACCAUCAACUGCACAGUCUGUAUGUAUGUAUUUAUAAAUGUAAAGAUAGGUAGAUAGAUAGGAAUUCGGUGAACUGUUUCUCAUCUCGCAUAUUGUGUUAUAGCUUUUGAGACGGAGUUUAUAGGUUCACGUCAAUGUGGGCAACAUAUGUGCUCAUAGUUUGCCCUCCGCUGAGGUAUCAUACAAGAAUCAACAACCUUAGUAUCAGAAUGUAACAUUACACAGACAGCGGAAUUAAAAGGUAUUACCAGCAAUUGUAUGCAGCGAUUGUUUCCGUUCAUGAAUGGAAGGCGAUCCAUCCACCGGAUGCCAGUUUGAAGGAAAACAUUGCAUGCUGCUAAGAGAUUCUUAGAGUUUCUUUUCUUCUUUUCUCUAUAUUCCUUUUUAAAAUGUA